UUCAUGGUUCUACGCAAGACAAAGAAAAAGGAGGAGUCUCCUACUCUUCCUAAGGAUAUGAUCUUUGAGAUUUUGAGCCGGAUAACAUCAGGAGAUAUUGGGCGAUGCAGACUUGUUUCAAAGGAUUGGAACUUGAUCACGUAUGACUCAAGUUUCAUACAGGCACAUAGUGAAAGAACCAAAACAAUUGAUGGUUUUUUCAUUGGAAGUUUAGAAUGGGGCAAACCCGUCAACAAGUUUGUAUCCAUCAAUGAACCGGAUCCUAAAUCUAAACUCUCGCUCGAUUUCAUACCUGGUCCGGUCUCCAUUAUAGCUGCCACUAAACAAGGUCUUCUUCUGUGCGUGGAUAAUUAUAGUUGUAGAAAUCAUAAAUAUUAUGUUUGCAAGCCCAGUACUAAACAGUGGAAGAAGAUACCAAAUCCUAGAACUCGGUAUCACACUGUAAGAUGUGCAAUGGUUGUGCUCAAGUCAAAUCCUUUGCACUAUAAGAUCAUCAGAUUUUCAACACACUCCCUGCGUACAAUUAUGACCUAUAAGUCUAUGACGUAUUCUUUUCUUUUUUGUGAGAUUUUUGAUUCAAAAGCGUGGGCAUGGAAAAAGUUGAAAGAUGUAGUAAUGUUGCCCAAAGAUGAGUGGUUGGGAUUUCAUGACCCAGUUGUAUCUGUUUCUGGCUCUCUUUAUUGGCUAACUAACAACAAUAUGGUGUUCGUUUUUCAUGUCGAUUCCAACAAAUGCACAACAUUUGAUCUACCUUUUCCAUUAUGCAAGAAAAAAUACUUCGAUCCCAUGAAACUUGUUGAGUACCAAGGGCGUGUUGGGAUGCUUUGCAAGAAAGGAUGUGAUAUACAAGUAUGGAUGAUGGAAAAUCAUGAAGUAUGGAGUAAGAAACAAACUGUGAGUAUUGAACCUGCAAAACUUAGUGCUUCUUGUUAUCCAGUUGCUUUCCAAAGUUCUGAUAUUAUGUUGAUGGGAGACGAUACCAACAUGAUACACUACGACUUUAGAAGCGGAAAUUCGAAAAUGAGCAAUGUGUGGAUCCGGACCAGGCCGAUGGGAAUUUUCCCCUUUCAUUCAGAUUUUGAACUUGUUGAUUUGAAGAGAAUAGGUGUUAUAAGAAAAAAUAUGUAA